UUGUGGACAGAAAUAAUGGCUGCCACAGUCAUGGAUUUUCCAGUGAAGAAUCCCUUCAGUUGUGUGUCUCGAACGUCUCAAAAUCUUGGAAAAGUAAAGUUUUUUGCUAUCAGAUGCUCUGUUUCGGUCUCCCCGGACACCACGAUCGUCUCUGGCUCUGGACAAAGACCAUGGAAGAUCGCAGAUGCUAGACUUGUACUUGAAGAUGGUUCUGUAUGGAGGGCCAAGUCAUUUGGUGCUAUGGGAACCCAAAUCGGUGAAGUGGUGUUCAACACAUCUUUGACAGGGUACCAGGAAAUUCUUACUGACCCUAGUUAUGCUGGCCAGUUUGUUUUGAUGACAAACCCACAUAUUGGCAAUACUGGUGUUAAUUUGGAUGAUGAAGAAUCAAGGCAAUGCUUUCUUGCUGGUCUUGUGGUCAGAAGCUUAAGUAUCAGUACCUCAAAUUGGAGGUGCAGACAAACUCUUGGUGAUUAUUUAGAAGAAAGGAACAUCAUGGGUAUAUAUGAUGUGGACACGCGUGCAAUCACACGUCGAUUGAGAGAAGAUGGAAGCCUCGUAGGUGUACUGAGCACUGAAGAUUCCAAAACUGAUGAGGAACUAUUGCAAAUGUCCCGCACGUGGGAUAUUGUUGGUGUUGAUUUGAUUAGUGGUGUCUCCUGUAAUGCCCCAUAUGAAUGGCUCGAGAAAACAGAUCCAGAAUGGGAAUUCAUCACCAAUGGAAGAGCUGGGGAGAAUCUUCAUGUUGUCGCAUAUGAUUUUGGAAUCAAGCAUAAUAUACUGAGGCGUUUGGCAUCUCUGGGAUGCAAAAUCACAGUUGUUCCUUCAACUUGGCCAGCUUCAGAAACUCUUAAAUUGAAGCCAGAUGGAGUCCUCUUUAGCAAUGGACCAGGAGAUCCAUCUGCAGUUCCUUACGCUGUUGAAACGGUGAAGGAAAUUGUGGGAAAGGUUCCUGUAUAUGGAAUUUGCAUGGGCCAUCAGUUACUUGGUCUGGCAUUGGGUGGUAAGACUUUUAAAAUGAAGUUUGGUCACCAUGGGGGAAACCACCCAGUACACAACCUACGGAAUGGUCGUGUUGAAAUAAGUGCUCAGAAUCAUAAUUAUGCAGUUGAUCCUGCAUCUCUUCCUGAGGGUGUGGAAGUGACUCAUGUCAAUCUGAAUGAUGGAAGUUGUGCUGGUCUUGCUUUCCCUGCAUUGAGACUCAUGACCCUUCAGUACCACCCAGAAGCAUCUCCAGGUCCUCAUGAUUCGGAUCCUGCUUUCUCUGAAUUCGUAGAACUGAUGAGAAAAGAAAAAUAACAUGUCAGGACAUCUGCACGAGUCUCAUGCACUGCAGGUAAACGUAACAUUGAGCGUUUUUGUUCCAUGGCUAGGAUGUCUCACAGUGCUUUCUCUCUUCUUUCCUUUUGGGCUUAUGGCAUCAACUUAUGUUUAUUAGAGAACUUUUGACCGUUUCUCGGGAUUGAAAGUAAUAAAAGCAAUUCAAAUAUUCACUUA